UAAAUAGAAAAGGUUUAAAACUUUAAGAGUUAUUAGUUUUUUUCUAUGCCUACCCCCCUAUAAAAACUUGAAAUAAUGGGCCGCAACCAUGCUUAGAGCUAUAACUUUUUUUCUAUUUAAUGAAUUAGAUUUAUUCUGCUUCACUAUCUUUUACUAGUAUUGAAUAAUCAACAGCUGAAGUUUUAUUGAACUAGCUUUAGUAGUUUUCAAGAAAUCUUGACAUGAAAAAUAGCUAUUUUUUCAUCAUUUUAGCUAAAAAUAGCCCCAAAAAUAUUUUUUUUCUCAAAAUGUUGAUAAGAUAUAAAGAUUUUUUUUUAAAUUUUCUUCUUAUUUGCAUGCCUACACAUAAUAAAAAAGCAUUUUUAUUAUUAAAACAUGUAAUUUCUAUUUGGGGGUUUAAGCUGUCGUCAAGAGUCAUCUACAGUACAGGUACUUAUGUUUACCACUAUAAAAUAAUCAUUUUAUCAGUCUUGCAAUUUUUUUUCUUGCUGGUAGCUGUCAUGUCUACAAGUGGCACAAGUCCAACAUGUUCGUAUCCAGGUCCAAACCCAGUUUUAAUUCAUACUAAUAAAUGUUUUGUUUUUAUGACGAAUGAAAAGAAGCAGCCAUGGGAGGCUCAAAAAGCUUGUGAGGAGAUGAUAAAUGGCACCUUAGCAGAGCUGUCGACCGAAGAGGAGAGACUUUUUGUGUCUCAAAGUGUCUACUUUAAUGUCUCUCUUUUAAUACUAGGCGCUAAUGACUCCGACUUUGAAGGCGAGUUCAUUUGGGUCAGGAACCAAUCUCUUCUACGUUUGAACUGGUGGGCUAGCGGAGAACCCAAUAAUGCAAACGGACAGGAAUAUUGUGUGUCAAUGAGUUCGAUAAGUGGUGAGAUCUCUUCUGACUCUUGUGAAGAUUUAAAGCCAUUCUUAUGUCAGCUUGAGGUGCCGAACCCAUGUGACACAAUCCUACCUGGUGCUAUCUACUCAGAUGGACAAUGUUUUAAGAUGUACACACAGUCAAUGAAUUGGUCCCAGGCACAGGCCUUCUGCUACAAUCAUACUUCCCACUUGGCUGAACCUACCAGCAAAUUUAUGGAGCGUGCCUUAAGAACUUACUUGAAAAUCACGUCAGCUAACACAACAUGGCUUGGGGGUGCGGAUAUCUACAAAAAUCGAACUUUUCAGUGGACGCUAAAUGAGACUGUAGUAUCCAGUCAGUACUUGAGUAUUUCCAGCAACAGUUCCAGGGAUGCUCUUGUGUGGCGUAAAACUUCAGAUGAAAUGUUGUAUGAAGACAGAAGUUCUACAGAACUGUACAGCUUUGUUUGUCAGACAGCUGCAGUCAUACAAGGCACAGAAACGUAUGUCGCAGUUGUUCCAGAUUUGUCUACAGAUAGUUCAACAAACUCCUUCCUUCAGGUCACUGCAAGUAAUCCUGCAAAUGUGAUAUAUUUAAACAUUCAAAAGGUUUGUGAUGGCAUUGUUCAAACGACAUUCCUGCCUUUGUCUUACAUCAGAGCAAGACACAUAGACAUCAGCAAAUCCUGUGGCUUAUAUGACAUGUAUACUUUCUCACGCUACGUUCAAGUCCAGUCUAGCCAGCCAGUGACUGUUGUCCUGUAUGUAAUCAACAGUGCCUCUGAUCAGGCCAGUUCAACAUUAAUACUUCCUGACAGUAUUUACACAAAAUCAAAACUUGCAACUUCAUCUAUUGUACAUUCAGCAUUUCCUGGCCGAGAUGACACAAUUACAGUGGUCUCCAAAUUCUCUGGAAUAAACAACAUUACGUUUAUCUAUAAUACUGAUACAAGUCUAGGUCAAAGGCGACCAGUAUUGAGUGCAGGAAUUGUUCCAAUAAGCUCCAAUUUAUUAUCUAUUUUUCAUAAGAGUAAAAACGAUGCCUCAAGUCUUAGAUUACAAGCUAAUCUUGAUGGUAGCUAUUUGUUUGCUGAUCAAAAUUUCGCUACAUUUUUACAAACAAAGGUUACACGAUCUGUAAACAGUGAUUACACAAUGGACACGCUAAUACCUAUAGAUUAUCUUGGAUCUGAAUACUACACAAUACCUCCACUUUUUCGUCUUUUAGUAACUAACAAAUAUAGUAUCAAAGUUGUAUCUGCAUUUGAAUGGACCCGGGUGGAACUCUCUGCUUCCUCUGAAAUAUAUCCACCUGUAAUACUAAAAGCUGUUGGAGAAACCUAUCAAUUUGAACAAAUCGGCACAUACUACUAUCUUAAAGGAAAUAAUAGUUUUUAUGCUUAUGUAUUGGCAGAUGCUGACAAGUUUCCGUGUGUGACGUCACUACUGCCAAUGUCAGCCUGGAAGUAUCAAUAUGAUAUUUAUAUAAGUCAAAUGUUCAGUUCAUACAAUAUUUUGGUUCAGUUUAUAGUACCUGCAGCGUACUGGCUUAACUUGACAAGUAAUGCUAAGUUCUCAAAAACGGGACCAGGCAUUCCUGGAAAACCACAAGGAGCUGAUACAGCCUUUUAUGGACUCCAGUAUGCUCUGAACAACCCUGUAGAUAAGUAUUAUCACUUCCAACUGUCUAAUAAAGUCAAACCAUUCGCUGCUUAUGUAUUUGCUACUAAGGGAACAUCCUCGUUUUGCCAUCCACUUGGAUUUUCUUACAAUGCAAAACAAACGUCUAUAAAUUUUGAUGAAAAGUCAUUUGUAGAACAACUAAAAGCUCCUGGUGAAACUACCCAGCCUCAAGUAACUUGUGGCAUGCAAGAAACAAGCACAAGUUUGUCAGUAGACAACUCUUCUUGUACGUGUGAUACUGUUGAGAAUUCCGCCUCUACAGUACCCACAACCAUAGCUGAUACUACAGGAACAACCAAUAGUGACACAACUAGCCAGAUAGAAAAUACAAUUACGACUUUUGUAACUGACACUACUCCAGAUUUGAGUACUGAUACAAACAUCCAGUCAAAUACACAAGCAAGCACUCAAUCCAGUAUUCAAAGUUCUCAAUCCAAUUCUGGGUCAACUUCUGAGUCAAGUAUCCAGUCAUUUCUUCAAUCAUCUACAUUAAAUGGUAUAAGUACUUUUGACGACACUUCAAGUACCACUAAAACAUACACCGAUUUAGACUUUUCUGAUCUAGUUAUUGAAGCCAAGAACACCUCAGCCUAUAGAAGAACUUUGAUCUCUAUACCUGACACUAGAGUCUCUGCUAAAGUCAUUGGUGGCUUUGGAAUUAUCAUUAUAUCUUCAGUUUUUACUUUCGUAUCUUCAGGGGAUCUGACGUAUUUAAAAGUAAUUAUCACUAAAUUUAUGUUCAAACACUAAAGUUUAUCAUUGAGACAUUUUUGACCUACUGCAUAAGAAAUAUCAUAAUGUAUUGAUUCAAACUUUGUUGUUGUUCUUUCUUUUUUUGGCCUGUUGGUUGACUAGGUGGAAUAACAGGAAAAUACACACCAAAUAAAUGUGCUCUAUAGUUACAUCAAAAAUAUAUUUUGUGUAACUAUGGACUUAUUUUAAUUCCUCUUGUUAGCUGGCAAACUCUUCAUGGGCUCAACAUGGACAACGAUCUCGAAAACGGCUUUGACGAUUUUGCUAGAAACUUGAAAGUGUUAAAAUAUAUCAAUUGGAAACAAAAUACUAGCUUAUUAGCCACACAGAAAAAAAAACCUGGAUAAUUAAUAAUUUUUGAAAAUAUAAUCUUUAAAAUUAAAUAUGGUUUGGAGUUCACAUUGGUUAUUUCCACAUAUAUUCACUAAAGAGUUAAAUUUAAAAAAAAAUAGACGUUUAGGAACAUUUUGACUACUGUCUUCUUUUUAUGUUUCUAAGUCUGGAUUUAUAUCACCAAACUAGAAUUUUCUAUAGUAUUCUAUACCACAUCUGUAGUUGGAUUCAUUAUUGUAGUGUUAACUACUGUCGUUUAACAUUACCAUGUAUGGAUCUAUAUCACCAAACUAGUCGAUUUAUACAGGAUUUUUUUCAGGGAUGGGGGUAUUGGGACGCGGUAAAAUAUUUUUCUAUCAAUCAUCCAAUCAUCCAUUAGUUAAUAAAAGCAAAGUAAACACUGUUACAAAAAAUCAUCUGCUCCAAAAAGAAGGAAUUGUAUUUUUUUAAAUCUGUUAUUAUAUUGUUUGUUUUAACAUCAAGCUAAUCAAAGUAACUUCCUGUGUAAAUUAUUACAUGUCGAUAUGAUUGAUAUUCAGUAUGGAGUGUUCUGUGACUUCUAUUUAUGCUAAUUUUAAUGUAUUACCUUAUGUAAAUUUAACUCUAGACAAAUAUGGAACAACAGUACAUAUUAAACUAAGGCGGUGAGGUUCCAAAGAAUAACUACUUUAAUUUCAUUAAAGGGAAAUAGUCCAAAGUCCGUAAAAAAGCAAUUCACUACUCUAUGCAGUCUCAAGUAUCUAUUGUCCGUUGAUUCUAUCUCCUCCUUCUAUCUCUGUUAUGUUUUUAAUCCAUUGUCACAUCACUGAAGAAACUGCCGAUUAUGUUGCUUCUACGCGCCAGCCAAUCAAAAUUCAAAAGACAUUUAGAAGAGGACAAGUAAAUGGAAGUAAUUAAAUGUGGAGAGACACUUUAUGAGGACGUCCAUAGAGACACUUUAUGAGGACGUCCAUAGAGACACUUUAUGAGAACGUCCAUAGAGACACUUUAUGAGGACGUACAUAGAGACACUUUAUGAGGACGUCCAUAGAGACACUU